AUGGUUACAAUUGCAGCCUCAGCAACUGGGCUGGGAGUGCGCAAGUCGUUAUAUUUGAGGCCUAGCGUAAAGACCGCUUCAUUGCCACGAACGGCUCUGCCGUCUUUCUCGUUGUGGAGCUGGUGUUGUGUAGGAGAAAUAAAAGUCGCUAUGACCAUUACCAUGAGAUAUCAUCUUGGUUUCUCCAUAAAACGAAUGAUGGUCACGAUCUUCACCGCCUUUCUCAAGGGUGUGUUGAGCCUUGAAGACACGCUAGAGAAAGAUAAAUUAUGCAGAGAGCCUCAUUAG